AGCGACGUUUCGACGCGAGGAACUCGCACGCGGGAAGAGAACGAGAACCCCCUUCUGUGGGAGAGAGAGAGCGUGGGAGCGAGAGUGAGUGACCGUUGUUUGAGUUAUUUACCGGCGCUGCUUCGCCUUUGGCUGUCAUUCGAUCCCUCAAUACCAAAUUUCAAAGAUCUUAUUAGUCCGAUUCAUAAGCCAGAAUGGGCGACCAACGUUACGUCACAGAGAUCCCCAGCAGCCUGAAGCAGCUGGCUCGGUUCGUAGUCCGUGGCUUCUACAGCAUCGAGGAUGCGCUCGUUGUCGACAUGUUGGUGCGGAAUCCCUGCAUGAAGGAGGACGACAUCUGCGAGCUGCUCAGGUUCGAGCGGAAAAUGCUCCGAGCGCGCAUUUCGGUGCUCAGGAACGACAAAUUCCUGCAGGUGCGGCUCAAGAUGGAAACCGGUCCCGAUGGAAAAGCACAGAAGGUGAACUACUACUUCAUCAACUACAAGACGUUCGUGAACGUGGUCAAGUACAAGCUCGACCACAUGCGCAAACGCAUGGAAACCGAAGAGCGUGAUGCCACCAGUCGUGCCAGUUUCAAGUGUCCUUCCUGCAACAAGACUUUCACCGAUCUGGAGGCGGAUCAGCUGUUUGAUUUCGCUACGGGCGAGUUUCGCUGUACGUACUGCGGAAGCGCCGUCGAAGAGGACAGUUCUGCCCUGCCGAAGAAAGAUUCGCGUCUGCUGCUGGCAAAGUUUAACGAACAGCUUCAACCUCUGUACGAUCUGCUGCGACAGGUGGAGGACAUCAAGCUGGCGCCGGAAAUUUUGGAACCGGAACCGGUUGAUAUCGAUACGAUUCGAGGCAUUGCCAAGCCGACCAACCGACCUUCCACGGAACAGUGGUCCGGAGAGGCGACUCGGUCCAGUGGGUUUGCGGUUGAGGAGACCCGCGUGGACGUGACCAUUGGCGAUAACGAUACGACAGAGAACACGACACAGCGCAAGGAUCGCCCAGUAUGGAUGACCGAGUCGACCGUCAUCACGAACGAUGUGGACGAAAAUUCGGUCGAGUCUAUCCUGGAGAAAGCGGCCUUCACCUCGACACAGCCACCGUUGGUCAGCAACAACACAACGGUUAUAUCUUCGGCGCGAAGCCGAAACAAAGACACCGACGAUAUCAUGUCGGUGCUGCUGCAGCAUGAGAAGCAAAGCUCGCACAGUGCCACGACCGACGCCCUCAAGGGGCUGGCCAACGAGGGCAAUUCGAGCAACGAUAGCAGCGACGACGAAAAGGAGAUCGACAACACCGAGGUGCCCACGGUGGAAAUCAUGGACACGGACUCGGACGGGGACGAUGUGCCGACGGUGACGGUGGCCGGGCGGCCGUUCCCGCUGGAUGAGAUAAACGACACGCUGAUAGCGGAGAUGACACCACAGGAAAAGGAGACCUACAUCCAGGUUUAUCAAGAUCACUUUAGUCAUAUGUACGAUUAGGCGACGAAAAUUAAUCUUAAUUAAAAUGUUGAAAUUUGCAACGCA